UUUUUUUAGUUCUGCGAUGGCUGCACCGUCUCUACAAGAGACCCUGCUAUCAAAUGAGGAAACAAUACCAGAAGAGCUUGAAGAUGAAGCGAAUCUCACAAUUUAUCCGUCUGUCAACACUCGUUUGGCAAAUUUGCGACCCAGCAAAGAUUUGUUGGACUAUUACCGGAUGAAAAUUUCCCAAUAUGACAAUGAAUUUGAGAAACUUGCUGGUAAACUAGACACUUUCAAAGCCGGAUUUGAAGACCAGGAGAAACUAAACUGUGAGAUUAGACAGCGCGAAGAAGAAAUUGUACAGCUUCAGAAGUCUUUGAGUGAUAUGCAAGUUUACCUAUUUCAGGAACGCGAACAGGUACUGCGACUUUAUGCCGAAAAUGAUCGACUGAAACUGCGUGAGUUGGAAGAUCGAAAGAAAAUUCAGCAUCUCUUGUCACUCACAGGCACCGAAGGAGGAGGCGGUGACGUCACCUACUUCCACAAAGAACCCCCUGCCAAAGUCAUCAUUCCACAAUAUAAACGGCCUCAAAACAGUUUCUGCAAUGAUUCUUUUCGGUCUGAGAUGGGGGGUAAUGGAGACGAUAUAUCCUUAAGAAGAGUAGCAUCUAGUAAGACAGGAAAGAAUGCAGGAAAUAGUUCUCUGAAUACUACAUCAGAUUCAAGUGUGAACUUCCCAUCGAAAUUCACCAUCCAACAGAAGUCAUCCAGAAUGUCAUCCAAGCCCAGCUCAGGGAAGUCUAAGAAGGCAGUGGCUGUCUCGGCUGAGAUGGAGAGGAAGUCAGAGGAUGUUGAGAUGUUGAAGUUGCAAAUCGAAGCUUUGCAGGCACAGAUGGAAGACCAGGUGAAACUUGCAAAGGAUCAAGUCAGUGCUCUGCUGGAGGACCGAAAAGUGCGCCAGGAGGAGCACGAGGCGAUCCAGAAGCGAGAGACAGCCAGAAAUGGGGAGUUGUCGGAACAGUUGAGGAGAGUGCAGGAGCUACUGCAUGCGGCUACGAAGGAACACCUGGACACAAAGAUGGCGACGAGACAGGCGGAGACGAAGUGGAUCCACGAGAAGGACAGACUGUUGAGGGAGUUAGACCAGCUCAAGGACAAACUGGCCACAUCGCAGCACAGAAAAGUGGAGAGGUUAAGUGAGUCCAUCCAUGACCUGGAGGUGAAGAGUGUAAGUCAGAAGGACACAAUAGCCAGUCUGCAGACACAGCUGGAACAGAGCCAGAAGCUGUCGGACAUGUACAGGGAACAGAUCAUCCAGCUGGAGGAUGAAAUGGGCAGAGUGAGGGAGGAGGGAGACAUCGGAAAGGAACUGUUUAGGGAGAGAACUGAGAAAAUGGCGAAGCGAUUGCAGUUGAUGAAUCAGAGGUACGAGCAGUUAGAGCAGAGGAGGAACCUGGAAGUGGAGGGAUUCAAGAACGACAUCCGCAUCCUCCGAACGAGGCUGAAGGAGGUCGAGCGACAUCUCUACAAGGUCACUCUCAGUUUCGCCGAGCCACUCAUCAGAGAAGACAAAGACCUGGAGCUGUUGAGUGAUGUUAAGAAGACGGGAAAGAGAACGAAGCAUAUUAUGGAGGACUUGCAUGCUCUCAAGGCCAAAAUAUACGGGCUGGAAGAUGAUCUGAAGAAAGCGUGAAACAAAUGGCACCAACUUGGAGUAAUCAUGUCAACUGACAGCUUAGCAUGUGUGCUCAUUAGCAUGAUGUUAUUGGACAUGCUAAUCGACGCACAUGCUGAUAGGCCGCCCACCUUGCAACCUGUGAAGGCAAUUUCGCCACAAAAUGAAGUGCCUUAAAUCUCGAAGCCUUAUUUAUCCACUGCAAUCUUGCAAUUUCAUUUGGAGAUUUGUAAAUAGUGUACAUAGUGUUGUUUGUUAUUAGUCAUCAAUGUUUUGAGUUCGAUUUGAGUAAAUUGGAAUACAAUGUUGAAAUGUGA